UAUAUAUAAGCAAUAAAAUUCAGAGUUCCAUUAUCUGAUAUCUCCACUCCACGUACAUGUGAGGGUCGUUUGUCUUCUUCUUCUUCUCUCUCCUUCUGGUUCAUCUUCUAUCUUCGAGGGGUCUAGCGCGCGACACCAUGGGUGUGCGAGGGCAGGGGCUGUUUCCAACGUUUGCAGUAGUACUACUGGCCAUGCAUGUGGCCUUCGCCGGAUUCUUUGGCGGCGCUUAUUCAUACAACCGUCCGCCUAUGCGCAAGCGCCUCGUUGACACUGUAUCGAAAGAUUUUGAUCAUGCUUCUCCGCAACAGGUGCAUAUAUCUUCAGUUGGCGAAGAUAAAAUGAGGAUUUCAUGGAUUACUGACAGCUCAACCCCGGCCACAGUAGAUUAUGGUACAUCUCCUGGGGUAUACAGCCUUUCUGCAACUGGGAGUACCUCUUCCUACAGUUACUUGAUGUACAAAUCCGGUGAAAUUCAUGAGGUGGUAAUUGGUCCAUUGAACCCCAAUUCAGUAUAUUACUACCGUUGUGGCUCAAAUCCCUCCCGUGAGUUCAGUUUCAAAACCCCGCCAGCUCAGUUCCCAAUCAAAUUUGCUGUUGUAGGUGAUCUUGGACAGACUGGGUGGACCAACACAACCCUCCAACACAUAGCAAAAUCGAACUACGACAUGCUGCUCCUGCCAGGAGACUUAUCAUAUGCAGAUUUGUACCAGCCUUUAUGGGAUUCAUUCGGCAGGCUGGUCGAGCCACUGGCCAGCCAGCGGCCUUGGUUGGUGACCCAAGGCAACCACGAGAUUGAGAAGUUUCCAGCAUUCCACUCCAUACCCUUCACAGCCUACAAUGCAAGAUGGCGCAUGCCGUAUGAAGAGAGUGGGUCGGGCUCGAACCUCUACUACUCUUUCAAUGUAGCCGGGGUUCAUGUCAUCAUGUUGGGUUCGUACACAGAUUUUGGUCCUGGCUCGCCACAGUAUAAGUGGUUACAGGCAGACUUAGGGAAGAUUGAUCGGAAAAUGACUCCGUGGACAGUAGCGCUCAUUCAUGCGCCAUGGUAUAAUUCUAAUACUGCUCAUCAGGGGGAGAAAGAGUCGGUUGAUAUGAAGGCAGCCAUGGAAGGGAUGCUCUACCAAGCUCGCGUGGAUGUUGUUUUUGCUGGACAUGUUCAUGCAUAUGAGCGCUUUACUCGCGUUUAUAAUGGGAAGGCUGACAAUUGUGGUCCGGUGUAUAUAACCAUUGGGGAUGGUGGGAACAGUGAAGGCCUUGCCAGCAAGUUUAUAGAUCCAAAGCCCGAUAUAUCCAUUGUGAGGGAGGCGAGCUUUGGGCAUGGGCAAUUGGAAGUGGUGAAUGCAACCCAUGCGCUCUGGACAUGGAACAGAAAUGAUGACGAUGUGGCGGCUCUUAGUGACUCAAUCUGGUUGAGAAGCCUAUCAUCCGACCCUGCUUGUAAAGUGCAAACCUAGAUUGUUAACAAAUGUUUGUUAUAUAUGUUCCUUCCAAAGAGAUAAUAAAAGCUAGGAUAUAUAUUUUGGCCAUAUUUCUCCACAUAGCGAAGGACAUGGCCUUAUAGUUAGCUACCCAGGAAAGAAUCACAGUGCCUGAGAACCAAUUACAGUA